AUGCCUAUCCUCCGUGUGCUGACUCUCCACAUUCAGCACUCGCUCGUUGAGUCGAUCUUAUCGCAGCAAUCGGUGUUUUAGCAUAAACGUCCAGUUCAGUUCGGUUCCAUUCUUCGCGGCGGUGACAACUUCGGAAACAUAAACAAUGGCCAACCAUACAAUCAAACCAGACAUGGACAUCGUGUCCCGUGUGCCCUCGAAGGUCUGGGAGCAGAUCUUCGGGCACGUCAGCGUGCAUCAGCUGCUGGAAUUUCGUCUAAUUUGCCGCAGCUGGAGGUCGAUCGUGGACGGAUGUCCGGCGCUGAUGGAACGGAUUCUGCUCAAGUUUCCCGAGGGAUUCGUGCUGGACAGAGAGUACAAGCCGGAGUAUCUGGUGCCGGCGAGGAAUUUGUCGCUAGAGAAAGUUCGGAUUUCGACGGUUGAUUCUUGGUGGACAACGUUUGGGAAGGCAAUAGUGGAUCUGAAAAUAAUCGAUUGUGAAUUUUCCCUUUCAAAGCUGCUUGAACUGUUGAAACCUAUGGAGAGUCUGAAGAGCCUUCAAUUGACCAAUUUGAAUCAGUCAAAAAGUUCUAGACUAGUCAUCAACUUAGAUUUGAGCCAUGUGGAAAGCUUGAUGAUAUCUAAAAUAAGCGGAGAUGUGCUUAACUUUCUUGUACCGUCGUUUACACAGUUAAAGAGAAUCGAUUUGCCAGCUGGUUUAGAUGAAAAUAAGAUUAUUAAUUUAAUCCACUCCCUCAAAGAUUCUCUGGAAGGCCUCACCUUAGACUACGAACCAACCAUGUUGAAGGAGAUCAUCCAAUUGAAGCAGUUGACGCAUUUUACGGCACGAGAAGGAGACUUUUCCAAUAAGGAUCUGAUCGAAAUUGGCAAGGCGCUUCCAAAACUAAAAAGUAUCUCAUUCUGUUUGUCAAUGGAAACAACGUCGUUAGCAUGUUUAUCUACUAUGAAUGAAUUGGAGUGUCUAUCUUUAAAAGCCUCUACCUAUUAUUGUUAUAUACAAUCUAAAUUUUUUCCAUGCCAUAAAGUAGUACGUGACUUUACCGUGGCAAAAAACCUAAAAUUAAUUAAUUUCAAAUUGAGCGGUAUCAUUCCAACAAGCGAUAGUUUGUACAAAUAUUUCGAUAAUUCACCAAACAUUGUCGAUAUUGGCUUAUUCUAUUGUACAUUCAAUAGUUGGUUAGACAUUUUUGAAGCGCUUGAACUGUUUUGCGCCACGCUUCAACGAUUAGAAUUACAUUCAUUGCAUGUUGAAAACACACAUGAUCGACUUACGGAGUACUUUGAUAGCCUAAAAUGUUUGAAAAUUUAUGGUUGCGAUAUUCCUAAGAAGCUGUUGAUAAAAUUUAUCCGUCUUUGCCCGCAACUGGAAGAAAUUCAACUGUCAGCAAUGAUAACCCUGGAUGAUGAAGUAGUUCUGGUGCUAUGUCAGAAUUUGAAGCAACUGGAAAGAAUGUCACUAAAUGAUUGUUUUUUUCUCACUGAUCAAUCUGUUGAUUACAUCCUGGAGCAUUGUCACACCCUUAAGAAACUCACCGUUCAAAGCUGCCCCAAGUUGAGCGCUGAGGCUAAAAAUAAGCUGAAGAGUUUGAAAAAUGUUAGGUGCGUAGUUGAAUGAGCCCAUGGAUACAAUAAACUUCAAAAAAAAA